AUUUUUUAAUCUUUUGACAGAACAGAAUCUAAAUCCAAUGAAAAUUCAAAAAUAAAUAAUAUAGACCAAUAUUAUAUUAUGAAACAGUAAGGAAAAAAAUACGUUAUGGCAACCAAAACUAUUGCAACUGCCACUGUGAGGGCUGUGAAGAAGCGAUUGCUGCCUUCUCGUGCUGCCCUGGUGCUCACUCCCUCGGCAGUAAACAAGGUCAAGGAAAUAAUGGCUAAAGAAGAGGCUAAAGGAUUCAUCGGGCUGAAAGUGGGUGUCCGGCAGAGAGGUUGCAAUGGUCUCUCCUACACACUGGAUUAUGCUAAGACUAAAGAGAAAUUAGAUGAAGAAGUGAAACAGGACGGAGUCACGAUUAUUAUAGAUAAGAAGGCACAGUUAACAUUAUUAGGAACUGAAAUGGACUUUGUAGAGAAUAAAUUAUCAGCAGAGUUUGUGUUUAACAACCCAAACAUCAAGGGCACCUGUGGCUGCGGAGAAUCCUUUAGUAUAUAGAAAAUACAACAUAGGAAGGCGUUCAUGCCAAUAGUAAUAAAUUAGAAAAGUUACUCUGCAGUUUAAAGUAAGAAUGCUAAGCAUGAAUAAUUUUAUACAUUGACCUGCCAUUUCCAAUCAUCCCACACGGCAGGAUUGACUGCAGUGCAGGUGGCAUUGGCCACUGUGCGAGCGGGCAGCAAAAUAAUUAUGCGCGUGCAACAGAGAUAGCAAUUGGCAGGUCAAUGUACGAAAUUAUUCGUGUGUGGCAUACUUACUUCAACAAUAUUGUAUCUCAAUGACCGUUUAACAGUCUUGAGUAUUCUGUAUUCAAUAGUAGCAUAUUUAAAAAAAAGAUCUGUAAUGAGUAGUCUUUGUAGAUAGCUUGACUGAGGAUCAACACUUUAAUAUGUGCACAUGCUAUGCUAUGUUUAAGCCCCUACUACACGGUCGCCGACAAGCCUUCAGACCGCGUGGCCUUGGUCCGUCCCGGACCGUAUAGACAGUUGUUUCCAACAAAAUUUGACCAAAACUGACCAAGGACAGACCAAGGUCAGACAGUUAGAAGGCUUGUCGGCGACCGUGUAGAAAGGGCUUUACCAGCCAAUUAGAUAAAUUUAUCUUGCAAACAUUGCAUGCAUAUUGUGAGCUGCAGGAAAUUUCCUAGAAGUUGAAAUUAUAACUUAAAAUCAUGCCUAUCUACAUGUAUUUGAGUUUAUAUCAGUACAGUAUUCUCAUUUACAGAACUUCUCAUAAACUAUAUUACAUUAAUAUCUGAGGUCAUGAUUGCAAUCUUAUGAGGCAACAAAUUUAAUUGUGAGUGAAACCAACAAAGUUGGCAAUUCAAUGUAUAUUUUUGUAGUAUACCUGUAAGUUAUGCUUAGCUGUAGUUAAAAAAAGGAUUACUUUUAAUUUAUCUGAUUUUUCUGAAAUAAUAAAUAGAUUGAACAAUUAAA